AUGGAGAUUCUUACACUUAGCGACUGUUUCCUGAAAUCAAAGACUGACAAAAAGGCAACUGUAAAGAUAUCAAGGGAUGGGAUAGCCAUCAAGGCAGAAGGCGGAGAGGUUUACACCAUGGAAAAGAACGAGGUAAAGGAUGCAGAGCUGUUCCAUGGAUCAAGGAAGAUGGCCAUACGAAUAUUUGGGAAUGCAGUUUAUGAAAUCAAUAAUGUAGACCAGAACUACAUUGAUGAGUUAAAAAGGAUGUUUUCUGAGUACUUCAAGAUCAGCCUAUAUGUGAAAGAGCUUGAAAUAGCUGAUGUACUUUGUGGAGAGCUUGGAAUCAACGGGCAGAAAGCACUGGAGUUCCGAAGCACAAAGACCAUAUUCGAGGUUCCUGUUGAAGACAUUGAAAGCGUUGUUGACAUAAGGAAUGAGCUCUCUAUAUCUCUGAAGGACGUGGAGAUAAGGUUCGUCUCGAAUAAGAAGGCUAUAGAAGAAAUCAAAGAGGGGUGCAGCUCUUCUGUUGAUGAUGAGAUAUUCAAGAUGGAGGGUCUGUCGUUGGCCUAUCCGAGAGGAAAGUUUAAUCUUAUUUUUUUCCGGGACUACUUAAGAUUAGUUGGGAGCAGUUAUGAUCACAAGGUAUAUUACAAAAGUGUUAGACAGCUUUACAUACUUGAGAAAGGAUAUAUUCGAGAUGAAGAGAGGUAUGUUGUGGCCUGUGUCGACCCCCCUAUCAGGCAGGGCCAGACAAGAUAUGAUUACAUUGUUGCAUCAUUUGAUGAUGCUGAGGGCGAGAUGAAUGCCAAUGAUGAGAGGCUCAAGAAAGAAUACUCAGGAUUGCACUCCGAGAUCUUUACUGAGGUCAUGGAGACCUUAUGCGUGAUUAAGGCUGUAAGAAGCAUGUUUGAGUCUAGGGAUGGAAUGAGAUGCUUGAGAUGUGCGAUAAAGGCAUAUGAGGGGCAGCUAUAUCCACUGGAGGACUGUGUUCUAUUUCUUCCAAAGGCCAUCAGGCUAGGAUUGAAUGAGAUCUCGCUUGUAGAGUUUAGCAGAAUUAACCUCAGCAGUAUGCAGGCAAAGACAUUUGAUAUGACCUUGUUCUGUGAAGGAUCAUACACCUUCAACGGGCUCUCGAAGGACGAGUUUGGGAUGCUGGAACAAUACUUCCAUUCGAAAGGGGUAAAGGCAAGAAGUGAGAUUAUUGAUGAUGGAGCAAGCUCUGAUUCUGAGGAAGAUGACUAUGAGUCUGAAAAUGAUAGCAUGGUUGUGGAUUCCGACAGUUAUGAUUCUUAG